UAAACUUUCAGUUUGCUUACGAUGUCGGACGAAACAGGAACGGUUGCGCUGCCCAAAUGGCUGAAGGCAGAUCUUUUUGAAAAACUGCUGAAGGAACGAUUUGGCAGUAAUUAUGCCGGAAUCAAGAGCUUCAAGCCGGUGGCUGGUCUAACGCCAGGGGAAAAUUACUCCACCAUCAUGCUACGCCUCCACUUCGAAGUCGAACUGAACGAUCACACCAUCGAAAACGUAAGCUUUAUGCUGAAGACGCCACACGAUUUCGAGAUGUAUCGCGAGAUCCUGAAGAAGGUCAACAUGUUUGUGGUGGAAAGGGGCGUUUUCCUGCAGGUGAUUCCCGAGUUGGAAAAGAUGUAUCAGGAUGCAGGUCUGGAGGUGAAGUUUGGGGCCAAGGCCUAUGAAAUCGAGGCACCCGAUGAGUAUGUCCUGCUGCAGGACCUCAAACCUUUUGGUUUCAAGAACGUCGAUCGCCUGGAGGGUUUGAAUAUGGCCCACACCAAAAGCGUUCUGAAAAAGUUGGCCCAGUUUCAUGCGGCAUCGGCCAACAGGAUCCUCGUCAAGGGUCCGUACACCCAGAACUUCUUGCAACCAACUUAUGCCGACAGCAUGAAGGAGAAUAUCGAACAGGUGGCAGAGACUCUGGGCAAAUACCUCCUGAAGUGCUUGCCACUCUACGAGGGAUUUGAAGAGUACAGCGAGGCGGUGCACAAAAUCCACCCAAAGUUUGUGGACCUGAUGUAUGACAUGCACACGCCCAAACCGGAGGACUUUAAUGCCCUGAAUCACGGAGAUUGCUGGACCAACAACAUAAUGUUUAGGUACGAAGGGGAGUCCCCCGAACCCGCCGAAACCUAUUUGGUGGACUUCCAAAUGCCGAAAGUGUGCAGCGUGGCCCACGAUCUGAUCUACUUCCUUCUGGGAUCGACGCAAUUCGACAUUCAAUUGAGUCAGUUCGAUUACUUUAUCAAGUUCUACCACGAUCAGCUGGUGGAGCACUUGAGGUUGAUAAGGUACCCCGAGGAAAAAAUCCCCUCACUGCGGUUUCUGCACACUCAGCUGUUGAAAUAUGGUCGUGUUGGAUAUCACACUGUUCUGAUGCUCUGCCCCCCUGUGCUGCUCGAUCGAACCGAUGAUGCAAAUCUGACCGAUUUUGUGACGGAGUCGGACAAUGGCGAUGGUCUCAAGAUGGCCAUGUACUCCAAUGCCCGCUACAAGAAGCACGUCAGCGCCAUUCUGACCUGGCUAAACAACCGAGGAGCUCUUCAGAUUUAACUUGAAAAUUUAUACAACUUUUUCCCUUAAUUGCUUUACUAAUUUGACUAAUUCAUACGGAUAUUAACUUUUGUUUAAUGAACUUUAAUGAACUUUAAUGCACUUUAAUGAUUUUAUUAAUAAAAUAUUCCAUGACAUCGCACAAAAAAGUAAA